GUUAUAUAGGUCUGUGCCCCAGGAGGCGGCGGUAAUGUGCUUCAACGCUGGAUGCUAAACUCAGCUCUGUGAUACAAAUCAGAGGAAGUAUGGCUAGUGAGAUGUGUGACUGUGUUCAUUUUUUAUCAAAUGACUAGCAAAGGGGUUUCACUAUAUGUUUUUAUCGUCUCUUGCAUAGAUAGAUACAUGUCAUCCUGUUCAAGUAACUUAACGUUGAAACACUUAGCGCGGCAACUUUGAUUAGCUAUAACGGCUUACGUUGCGGAUAACAGCGAAUAUCCAAGUUAGCUAGCUGCGACCUAGCUGGGGAGGUACUAACUUCAGCCCUGUGUUGAUUGAAUAAACCGGUGAGGUUUACCGAAUCCUCGGUCUUCGCUGUGGAGCUCUGCCAAAGACUAACAAGAUUUAGUUCCUCAGCAGGUGACGCGCUGCAUUUUCUGGGGAUUUCAGAUUCAAAAAUAGCAAAGUUUCCGAGAAAAGAUGGAGGCUCCUCCCGUCACCGUGAUGCCAGUCACUGGGGGCACAAUCAAUAUGAUGGAAUAUUUGCUGCAAGGCAGUGUGUUAGACCAGGCCCUGGAAAGCCUCUUACAUCGCCUUCGAGGCCUGUGUGACAACAUGGAACCCGAGACCUUUACAGAUCAUGAACAGGUUUAUCUUCUAAAAGGCCAGCAAGGCAACCCCUUCAUUCUGCGUGCCCGGCGCUCCCUCUCCCACCCCACAGCUCCAUGGCACCUACGCUACCUGGGUCAACCUGAAGUGGGAGACAAGAGCCGCCAUGCCUUGGUACGCAACUGUGUGGAUGUGGCUGCCUCUCACAGCCUGCCAGAGUUCCUAAAUGAGAUGGGCUUCCGCAUGGACCAUGAGUUUGUGGCCAAUGGACACAUAUUUCGCAAAGGCGUGAUGAAAGUUGUGGUUAGCAAGUUGUCACGCAUCCUAGUACCAGGGAACACGGAAACUGCUGAGCGUCUGUCACUCUCAUACUUGGUGGAGCUUAGUGUGUUGGCGCCUGCUGGCCAGGACACUGUGUCAGAGGACAUGCGCAGCUUUGCCGAGCAGCUCAAGCCCCUGGUCCACCUGGAGAAGAUUGACCCAAGCAAACAGAGACAUUAAAUGAUAAUUAAGGGGCUCAAGUCCUCUCUGACUACCAUGGACAAAUUCAUGUGCCUUUUUUUUUUUUUUUU